GAAAGAGGGAGCCACAUAUUCCAAGGGAGAAGAGAAGAGAGAAGCUGGCCGCAGGAUUCGUUUUCCAGCCGAUAGGGUCUCUUGUUUGAUCCAUAACUUGAGCUUCACUCGUCCAAAUAAGGCGUAUGAUAUACCAAAAGAAAGCUCUCAAGACGAGGAAUCUGUGAAGGCCUGGUUUGCAGGAAUCGGAGUUGUGGAAGGCUUCCAAAUCGUCCGAGAAAAACGCAACCUCGCAGGAGAGGAUUUAAUCUUCUAAAGAAUCGAGUUAGCCGGAAAACACCCGUUCUAGGGGCUGUUUUCGUAUCAACGAUUAAGGGUUGAACUAGCACUUUGAGGAGGCUGUUUAACACUCAUAUUUGAGCAAGGAAUCAGUCCCAAAUCCACCUUGACCAAAGAUUUGACCAUUGGACCAAGAAGGGAAAGUUUAAAGCUCAAUUGAGGUUGAGGCUAGAGCUUGCUUCCUGUGCUCGUUGCUCGAGAGAUCAUCUAGGAGCGAAGACUUGGUUCGUGCUUCCUCCAUUCGGAUUUUAAACAUUAAUAAACAUGCUCAUGGAUAUUUUAUUAUAGAGCCUGCGUGCUCAUGAAUAGCCCUAUGUGGCCCUUUCGUUUUAAACAAUGUUUUCCGCUGCUUUAUGAAUUACUUAUUUUGUUGUUUAUGGAUGACUUAUGUGUGAAUGAUAUUCAUGACGCCUUGUAUAAUAUGAAUGUGUUGGACUGCGGUUGACUAUUCGUAUUGUACGGCGGGUUGUCGACGUGUCCGGGGAGGUCCGGGGCGUGACAAGCCGAAUCAAAGGGUACUUGGAUAACCAAUUCAGUAUCAAAGACUUGGGUACACUGAAGUAUUUCCUAGGAAUUGAGGUUGCUCGUUCUCCCGAAGGAUUUGUGUUAAGUCAACGCAAAUAUACACUUGAUAUCCUAGAAGAAAGCGGUCUUCUAGCCGCCCGACCCAGUCAAUUUCCAAUGGAACAAAAUUUGAAACUACGACCAAAUGAUGAUAGCCCACCUGUAAAUGCAUCCUCAUAUCGCCGCUUGAUCGGUCGCUUGUUGUACCUUACAGUCACUCGCCCCGACAUUGUCUUCUCUGUUAGCCAGCUUAGUCAAUUUCUCAGCCAGCCACACCAGUCUCAUUUUGAUGCCGCCAUACGAGUUCUUCGCUACUUAAAACAAACUCCGGGACAAGGAUUUUCUUAUCUGCGAAUAAUGAUUUCGGUUUAAAAGGUUAUUGUGAUGCUGACUGGGCAGGAUGCUCCUACACUAGUCGGUCUAGCACUGGAUAUUUUAUCACUCUCGGCGAUUCCCCGGUCUCUUGGAGGACUAAAAAAACAAUCUGUUGUUUCACGUUCUUCGGCAGAAGCAGAAUACCGUGCCAUGGUUGUCACAGUUAGUGAAAUUUUAUGGCUACGAUGGUUACUUCGAGAUCUAAGUAUUCCUCAAACAGGUCCUACACCCCUUUUCUGUGAUAAUCAAGCAGCUCGACACUUCGCACUCAACCCUGUUUUUCAUGAGCGUACCAAGCAUGUAGAAAUGGACUGUUUUUUUGUUCGUGAACGUGUUACUAGUGGAGAAAUCCAACCAUGUUGUAUCACUACAACACAUCAGAUUGCUGAUAUUUUUACUAAGGCGCUUGGCACUGAUCGUUUUCAGUUCCUCAGGAGCAAGUUGGGUGUUCGCAACCUUCACACGCCACCUUGAGGGGGAGUAUUGUGAGAUUAAUUACUAUUAAGAUUAUUUACCUCAUAUGAUUUGCGUACCAUGUGCGAUGUUUCCUUAUUAAUAAGUAUGUAUACAUGGGUACAUGUGAUGGAUGACCCAUGCAUUAUUCUCUCCUAUCAUUCACACCGC